AGUGUGAGCCCAAUAGGCAAGCGUUGGAUUCGGCUUACCUUCAGCUAGCUUAGCGUACAGUAGAAAGGCAAAAAACAGAGCAAAAGUGGAGAAAGACACAGAAAGAAAGAAAGAAGCAGACAGGGAAUUGACACAGGCAACAGCAACAACAAAGAGUAUGAGUGGUGCUCCUGCUAAAAGAUCGCAUGAAGAGGGUUGUCAUUCUUCUUCUUUGAAAUUCCCUCAUGAAGAUACAGGUUCGUAUUCUAAGCUGACAUCAGGGGUUUCGAAUGAGUACCAUCUACCAUAUGAGAUGGGUCCGGAUGUUAGGGUGGCUAAGAUUCCCAGAACUGAAUCUCGAGAUGUAGAUAGAAGAUCACCUUUGCAUUCGAUGUAUCGAAUGCCACCAUCUUCAAAUGAAUCACACAUGGAUUCUCAUUUUAAUGUUGCUCCUGAAAGCAGGCCUGAAUCAAGGGAUUCCAAGGACAGCAGAGACUACCGGAUUGAAAACCGUGACCCAAGGACUGAUGCAAAAGAGAUGUAUGGAGAGGCAAGGAGGGAUUCACAAAGUGUUAAAAAUGAAAAGGAUGCGAGGUUUGAGAGUAGAGGGGAUGACAAUAAGGAAGUAAAGCAUGACAGAGAAGCUCAUAUUGAGCUGAAGAAUGACAUGAAGAUAGAAAAGGAUGGUUUUGGUCCUCCAAGUAGUCAGGUGAAUUGGAAGGAACCAAAAGAAUACCAUAGGGGAAAGAGAUAUUUGGAAUCUGCAGGUGGACAUGUGGAUCCUUGGCAUACAUCACGUGGAAAUUCCCAAGGCCCUGUUGAGAUUGGAAAGGAAGUCGUCAGUAUUGAGGAGAGGGAUCAUGAGCUCCGUUUUGUAAAUCCAGUCCAAUUUGGUUUGGUACAGAGGGAGAAGCCCAACAAGUUCACAGCGCAGGGCUUUACAGCUAUUAAACACAAAUGUACUAACUAGACAGUUUGGUUACGUGUCUCAACCAAUCAAAUACUACCAGCUGUCAAUAAUUCAAUCGCUGUUCGGACCUCCUCCUCUUGCUAGCAAAACUGAUACCGAUUCGCCUCAAAGCAAACCUAAAGAGAACGAGAGAGAGAGAGAAAAAAAUUGUCCAUCCAAGAGUUUAUAAAACAAUCUCAGCUCGCAAUCUACCACCACCAUUAUGUCAAGAUUCAACCUUUAUCUCCUCCUAGUAACAACUGUGAUUGCGAUUUUAUCCUCUACAUCAAAAUCAAUUCGUUUCGAGCUAGAAUCAGGAAACACGAAAUGCAUAGCAGAAGACAUCAAAAGCAAUUCUAUGACUGUUGGAAAGUACAGUAUUGUUAACCCCCAUGAUGGCCAGCCCUUGCCCGACUCGUAUAAACUCACUGUCAGGGUGACAUCGAGUUAUGGGAAUAAUUAUCAUCAUUCAGAGCUUGUGGAAUCAGGGCAGUUUGCGUUGACGGCGUCGGAGGCAGGGGAUUACAUGGCGUGUUUUUGGGCGGCGGAUCAUAAGCCAGCAGUGACUUUGAAUAUUGAUUUUGAUCGGAAGACUGGUGUGGCUGCUAAGGAUUGGACUAAUGUUGCCAAGAAAGGCUCUGUUGAUAAAGGAGGUGGAACCAUUGAUCUUGAGCCCUGUCUUACACAUACAUCAGCAGUGGAACCUACUCUUGCUCCUGUGGCUGUCGAACGGACAAUGACUACCCGUGCUGCAGCUUUGGGCUAAAGAAGAGGAUGAAAUCAGGACAGACUUUGCUGAUGACAAACUUAAUUCAAGAGAUUGCAUCUGUAGUUUUUUUUAUCAAUUGGGUUAUGUAUUGUGUAUGGAUAUGCUCGUCAAAAAAAAGAUAAUCUAAUCAAGAUGUGUCAUUUUCUUAUUAUAUAUGUGUGGUGAUUUCAAAAUUAAUCAAAAAGUAGAGUGCAUGGCAAUGGUAUUUUCUUUGAACUAGAAAAAAAAUUGGCAGUUCAUUUUUUGUUUUAAGGACUCCUUUUAGUGGAUUUUGUCUAAGUUUUGAUAAUCAAGAUUCUCUACAACAUUCAAGGCAAAAUCAAUUAAAUCAGCAUAAGUAUACUUUAACCGGUGCUUUUAUUUAUCCUUUUAUUGUAAUAUUGUAAUGUUAUUUUUCUAGUCUAUUUUUAUCAACACUAUCAUGCACAACUUCCUUAACAGGCUCAGCUGAAACAUCUUGCACUGUUUGUGAAGCUAUAGCCUCGAUCUCCAUUUGCUUGUAAAUAUCUCAACAUUCAUGCUAGUCAACGAGCUUGCUAGUAUCUCACCAUUAACACUAGUCAACUUUUAUACUUUGUAAAACAUAUCAGACUCGUCAAUACAUCCUUGUUAUUAAUAAACUUGGGUGAUUUGGAAUUAACACACUAUAAUUGAUAUCUCUUAACCUAGAUGCACAUAACCUCAGAAAUUUUCA